CGUCAGCUAUGAGUUCCUGCAGCGACGACUGUAUUUGCUGCUUCUUACCCUGCAUCGUGUGCUGGGCCUGUGUUUAUUAUGCCUACGCUGGGGUACGAUCGGCUUGCAAGUUCUGCUAUAAGAAGUGCCGUCCAGGGGAUGAAGGCGAGGAGGAGAACAGCCAACGGGGAAAGCGCGCACCUACCAGCCAAUAUUCUCAGAACUCUCUGAAGCCCUCGACAAGGCAACUGACUAGCGACAUGGAAUGCAGAAGUUCACGGCCAGUCUCCCUUCAAGUACCUGCACCCACCCAUCACAAUCCGAGCAUCCGAUCACAACCGCUCCCAACUGAACAAAUGACGCUCAACAUCCCUUCAAGAAGUAGCCCAAGUCCCAGUAGCAGCCGUCGGGCAAGCCCACAAAGCUACUCAUAUUCGGACCGCUACCGUCCACACCACCGGUCAUCCCUGGCUUCGAAUUCAUUUACCGCCGACCUCGUGUUCAACAAGCAAGGCGAACGCUCGCACGGCUUGGCAGAUGGUUCCCAAAGACCAUCGUCCAUCCCACAACCACCAACUGUGUCGCCACAGCCUACAGAAAGGGACGGGGACGACAGGGAAAGAGAUAGGGGGGACCCGGAUGGUAUAACAGUCGAGCCUCGCGAGCCUCAUGAGGUGCAGACAACAUCCCAAAAGUACCCGACCCAAGCCUCUCCCUCAUGACCUUGGCUUGGCUCGGUCGAGCGCAUUCGCCACCCCUCUCGACUUGCUCCGGCUGUGUGUCAGAGGAUAGGCGAGUAUCUCACUUCACGAUUCCGCGCGGAUCUAGCUGCUUUUCAACUAGAUCACUUGACGAGCCUUUACUUCACCCUACUAGCCCACGACGGACUUUUGUUUCUUCUGACUUAUCUACCACUAGACUACUUGCGACAGGAACACUUCUUUUAUUUGGGUUCUCAUGGGAUUCCUACUCGAUUCACAGCUGCGUUCCUU